AUGCCCCCUACCGGCCUUCUCGACUCCUUCCUCGCCGCCAUCCAAGCCAGUCUCAGCGUGCUGCUGGUCAUCUUCUACGGCGGCGUCGCAGCACACCUCAAGCUGCUCAACCAGGCCAACAGCAAGGCCAUCUCCAAGAUCUGCGUGCGCAUGUUCCUGCCCGCGCUGCUGAUCGUCAAGAUCGGGUCGGAGCUGCACCCGGGGUCGGCGCAACGCUACCUGAUCAUCUUCGUCUGGGCCAUUCUCUGCCAUCUGGUGUCGUUCGUGCUGGGCAUCGUGGCCCAUCUGUGGCUGGCCAUGCCCGACUGGACCACCGUCGCCCUCAUGUUCAACAACACCACCAGCUACCCGCUGCUGCUGAUCGCCGCCCUCGACGAGACCGGCAUCCUGCGCUCGUUGAUCGUGACCGACGAAACCACCCGAGCCGCGGUCGAGCGGGCCAAAUCGUACUUUUUGGUCUUUGCCACCGUUUCCAGCUGUUUGACUUUUGCCGUCGGUCCGCGUCUGAUCGAUUCCGAGCAUGCGCCGGACCCGGAGGACGAGGAUGAGGACAAGGAGGAGAAAGAUGAGGACGAAGAUGAAGACGAAGGCAACGAUGCCGCUUCUGCUUCUGGUCCCGACGACGGCCCGUCCGAACAUACAGGUCUGCUCGACCGGCGCGCAUCGCUCGUCCCCUUUGGCCAACAGAACCAGUUUUUCCCGUCGGUUCGACGCCCGUCGACACACCCGCAGGGGCGUCGGCGGACGUCUUUAUUUGCCCAGAACCAGAACCUGAACCUGGACCUGACGCGUCGAGCGUCCAUCGUGCCGCGCAAGCGUUGGGUCCGUCUCGGCCCACGCACCAAAUGGUGGCUCCUGUUCAUCUCGGACUUUUUCAACGCGCCGCUCCUGGGCGCCAUCAUCGGCACCGUCAUCGGCCUGGUCACGCCGCUGCACCGGGCCUUCUUCAACGACACCGAAGACGGCGGCAUCUUCACCGCCUGGCUGACCUCGUCGCUCGACAAUAUCGGCGGCCUGUUCGUGCCGCUGCCCGUCCUGGUCGCAGGCGUGUCGCUGUAUACUUCGAUGCGGGAGGUUCGGAGAAAAGCCAUUGCGAGGCGCAGGAAAAAGAGCGCCUCACCACCGGACGAUGCUGGCACGGUGGAAGGUCGUCACGGUCAUGGCAAUGCCGACUCCGCCUCCAGCUCUACUUCUAGUACGGCAGCAGGCAAGGCCAAAGCCAACACCAACACCAACACCAACGAAGACACAGACACAGACGCAGAUCCAUCCCCCAACACGUCAGAACUCCCCUGGCUCACCGUCGUCUAUAUCCUCGUCAUCCGCUUCAUCGUGUGGCCUGUGGCCUCGAUCGCGUUGAUUCACGCCCUCGCGUCCAAGACCACCCUUCUCGGCCCGGAUCCCAUGCUCUGGUUCGCCAUGAUGUUGAUGCCGACCGGCCCGCCGGCCAUGAAGUUGAUCACGCUGGUUCAAGUCAGUGAUGGCGAUGAGGCGGACGAGAUGAAUAUUGCAAAGUUGCUUACGUGGGAGAACAGCAACAGCAACACCAACACCAACACCAGCACCAACACCAGCACCAGCACCAACACCAGCAAUCUCAGGACCAGUCCAGGACUCGACUCUACCCUUGCCCACAUGUACCAAACUACCUUACCUGCCUUGGCCAUUUGA